AUUUUACACUUAAAGCUUCAUAAUCUUUCCUAAUAAAAGAAAUCUAUAAGCUCUUGAGUACACAGCAAGUUUGGGAGACAUUUUUUAUCCAAAAAGAAGUUCCUCAGAAUUGUUCGUGAAAAUGCUAAAAGAUAAGGUUAUCAGGUUAUCUGUUAAUCAGUUUGGCCAUGACAUAAAAGUGUACCUUUGCAGACUGGUCCAGUAUAUGAUGAUUAUGUCCCACUAGAAGCAGCAGUUCAUUUUAUUAAACUGGAAAAGAAGGUGAUUUAGCAAAAAUUGUAUUCUUUCCAGGUUGUGUUGACUGCCUGGGAAACACCUUUUUCAUUAUUCUUCUUGUGGUAGCCUUAACAGUUUUCUAAUAAGGUAUACAAAGAAAAUUUGACCAGGUGAUAUUAUGUGCAAGUUAAUAACAUCUCUUUCUCCACCAAACCACCCUUUUACUUGAAUAAUUAUAUACUAAUUUUAUAAACACAAAGCAUGUUAUUUGGAUAAUGAUGCCAGGGUAACUGCAACAAAAUUGGUGAAUGUCUGAGUAGGAAAAUUGAAUUUAUACCUGGUGCUGUCUUUUUCUGGUGGUUUUGGAUUCCUUGGGUUGCCCUUAGUAUGUUUAGGUGUUUUAAAUACCCUAAGAGUGUCUUGAAUUUAUUUUAUCCAGAGUAUAGAUUCGUAUUCCUCCAGUCAAGAUGUGUUAAAAGCCUAUUGCCUAAUUUUCUUUAAUUUUACAGAGAACAAUAGACUAGCCACUAAGAACAGUUAUUAAAAAUUGUCAGUUUUCAACUUAAAAUCUAUGAACGUUUGGUAUUUCCUUAAACGUUUGGGGAAACUUUUUUUUUCCCCCAGUUGUAUUUGCCUUAUUUUAAAAUUUGUUUUUAUGUGUUAUUUAAAAUUUAGUAAGAAUACAGUGUCCUAAAUUCUAAAAAUCAUUUUUGUACCUUUUUUUUGCCUUGCCACAGUGAAGGCCAGCAGACAUACACAAGAAGAUGUUUGUUCUUUAUACCAGGAUUUGACAAUGGACAUGAGAACAGUUGCCAUCUUGCCCAGCUUUGGCAUAAUCAUACCAUGUUUUCCUAACCAGUCAGUCAGAUAAGUUGGAGGGGUAAACGUGAGGGGUUUUACAUUUCUCUAGAAGCUCCCAGAUUGAGGCCUUUGUUUGCUUAUUAUGAGAAGGUGCUUGGUUAGAGUUUUCAAAGGAGGUUAUAACCUUUGAAGGAGCUCUUCGUAGCCUGAGAAGUUAUUUUAUUUCUACUUAAAGAAUCAGGUCUUUAUAGUCUUACUUAGUUAUUAUGUGUUCAUCCGUAAACAUUUUCAACUCUAGAAUUUGUACUCAAGAAGUAUAAGUGGCAAUAAUAUCAAAUACCACUUUAAAUGGUGUUUAGCCCCAAAGAAGAGAUAAAUGUUGGAAUUGCUGUAAUAUUUCAGAUCACAUCAUUAAUGAAAUCACUGCAUUUAUACUGAGUGGUAACAAUCAUUGUUGCAUAUUUUUCCAAUUACUUGAGAACCUUCUGUGUUUGGUUGCUGGAAUGUUGCCAUGGUCACGUUCUGUGCUGGGUAUGGAGUGGUGCACUGUGGAAUCAGUGGCAACCCAGGACACCCAGGCUUGGAAUUAGGCUAUCUGAGAAGUCUGCAUUGUGUUGAAGCCACACUUGACAUGGACCAGAAGGUUCUGAAGAAACUGGUGGAAUCCAUCAGUAAUACUGUCAAGAGCUUAAAAAAAAGUGAAGUAGAGUGUCUCAUAAGAAUUUUUCACAGCUUGGUGGAAAGAGCUGUUGUAAGACUUGAUAACAGACUAGAUCAUAACACAUUUCGAGCCAUCCUGCACAGCAUAUUUGGAAUGACUGAUGAUAUGCUCAUGAAUAGGGUAUUUUUUGCAUUUGACAAAGAUAACUACAUAAAUGUGAAAGAGUGUGUUAAAGGAUUAUCAGUGUUUCUUCGAGGGACUUUUGAAGAAAAGCUGAAGUUCUGUUUUGAAGUUUACUGUUUCAAUGGUGAUGGUUACAUUUCUCGAGAGAAAACGUUUGACAUGCUGAACAGUCUACACCAACAGUCACCUGAAGAAGAUACUGAUGAAGGAAUAAACGAGUUGGUGGAUAUAACACUGAAGAAAAUGGAUUAUGACAGCAAUGGCAAGAUAUCUUUUGCAGACUUUGAAAAAGCAGUGAAAGAAGAUAAACUUUUGUUGGAAGUGUUUGGACCAUGUUUACCAGAAGCAAAGGCCUCUCACUACUGUGGCCUCUCCCGUUGCGGAGCGCAGGCUCAGCGGCCAUGGCUCACAGGCCCAGCUGCUCCGCGGCAUGUGGGAUCUUCCCGGACCAGGGCACGAACCCGCGUCCCCUGCAUCAGCAGGCGGACUCUUAACCACUGUGCCACCAGGGAAGCCAACAUUUCCUUUCUUAAUUCUUCCUUUGACCAACUGUGCUUUGCAAACAUGAUAUAGGAAGAAACUUUUUACUCUCUGCAGUAAUUUAGAUGGUGAUUUUGUGGAUGAAUUUGCAUACUGUUAAGCUAUCCUUAGCUAUGUCAGCUCAUCUAACUUGUCCCGUUGUCGUUUAUUCUCACAUUUUAAUUUUGUCUGGGAACCUGAUGGGUGAAAGAGUUCAGAAUAAUGGACUGGAUUGGAGUAAUUACUUAGGUUCAGAUGGAACACCAAUGGUUCUUCAGCUGCUCCCCAAGUGUUCAUCUGUAAGCCAGUUAUCUAGAGCCUUACUAUUCGAAGUGUAGUCUGUGUACCAGCCGCAAUGGUAUCACCUAGGAACUUGUGAGAAAUGCAGAAUCUCGGACCCCACCUCAAACCAGCUGAAUCAGAGGUUUUGUUUUUGUUUUAAGUGCUUGACACAAGAAAGGUUUAUUUUUUCUCAUUGUGGUCAAAUUUUGUGUAUGCUGGCAGGGACAAGGAGGGCUGGCCUUCACACAGUCACAGAUCAGGAAUCCACUCAAGAACACAGAACCCACUUAGCAGCUCCUCCCUUUAGGGCUAUCAGAGAAAUUUUUUUUUUAAUUGAAGUAUAGUUGAUUUACAAUGUUGUGCUAAUUUCUGCUGUAUUGUGGUAAAAUACACCUAUCAUAACAUUUACCUUCUUAACCAAUUUUAUGUGUACAGUUCAGUAGUGUUAAGUACAUUCAUGCUAUUAUGCAACCAAUCUCGAGAACUCUUCUCAUCUUGCACAACUGAAACUCUAUACCCAUUAAACAACUCCCAAUUUCAGCCACCCACCAGCCUCUGCCACCACCAUCAGAGUCUGCAUUUUAAUAAGACAAAAGGUGGAGAUUCACAGCACCUUAAAAUCUGAGAAGCCUGAUCCAGAGAGAAACUUGCUUUUUCCAACUCUAUGCUGAGGUGACUAAUGUACUUUUUAAACUGAGAGUGCAGCAAAAAGUAUAGUUGACCCUUGAACAACACGGGUUCGAACUGUGAGGGUCCACUUGUAUGUGGAUUUCUUUUUCAAUAAAUACAUACUACAGUACUGCAUAAUCCAUGGUUGGUUGAAUCUGAGGAUACAAAACAGCAGAUAUGGAGGGCAGACUGUAAAGUUAUAUGUGGAUUUUUGACUGUGUGGAGGGUCAGCAACCCUAACCCCGUGUUGUUCAAAGGUCAACUAUAUAUCUAAUUAAUUACCUCACAAGGAGGUAGAGCCAGACAGACACCUUGCCUGCAGCUUCUUUUAAUACCAUCCACAACUAAGUGCCUUCUUAGCAAGUUUGAAUCAGUAAGUCAUAAAUGAAGGUGGAACUUCCUAACCUUUAUAUUCAAAUUCAAUCCAUUAGGCAAGAGGCCCUUAGGACAGGGAGAAAAACAGACACCAUUUUGUAUGGGCCUCCUUAGGUUAUUGUUAUCAGUAAAAAAAAAAAAAAAAGGAAACAGCCUGGACAUACUUGGAUUUCCAAUUAUGUGAUGCACUGCCAGGAAAAAAAAAAUGUGGAUGUGCUAAAAGUAGUGGUAAUAAAAGUCUAGCAUUUACAAAUACUGAUUUGUUUCUGCCAUAGAUGAAGUAAAUUACUCUUUGAAGUUAACUAAAGCAUAUAAGCUUCUAAUUUUAGCUUUGUUCUAAUAGUUUAACUUUUUUGCUUUAUAGAAUUGUCUUGAUUUUGAAGCCCUGGCAUUCCAACACAUCCUGACUUCUAGUUUUUGAAUGUGAAUUACUCAAAAUUAUUAAAUUCAGAAACAGAUCCUGGUUGCCUAUAUUUACAUUAUAAAGUUUCUAUAUUUGCUUCAAUUAAUUUACAUAUAGUGAUUGCAGUGUGAGAGGUAGUAAGAAUGAUUUCUGUAAUAUUAAGUAUGGAUCAAAAUAACAUCUAUGAUAAGUAAUGAUAAACUAAUUAAUUAAUUUGUUUGUUAAGUUAACCAACAACCUUAGAUUUGGGGGCACAUAUUGUGAAUCAGCCAUUCACAACCCUCUUUUCUCUUGCUUCCUCAACCACAGAAGUUGGAAACCCAAACAGUCAACAUUCUAGACUCCUCUAUAAGGAACAGCCACGGGCCCAGUUCUAGCCAAUAAGAUGUAACCAAAGUCACUGGGUGGAACUUCUGGAAAAGUUUUAGUUUUUUUAAGGGACAUAAUUGGCUGGCAUGUAUUUUGUCCAUGAUAAACUAGUUUUAAAAGAUGAAACUAUAUGAGACAAGUAGGUUGAAUGAAAUUACAAAGAGGAGUGCAUUAAAAAAAAAUACCAGCAGUAAAAUCUCUUUAAGAAUUAAAAUGACAGCCUAAAAAUAAAAAAUAAAUAGGCCUUUAAAAAUAUUAGUUUACUGCAGACAAUUUAUAUUCUUCUUCUUUGUUUUAAAGGAUGAUUUCCACGCACACCUUCCAGCUUGUCCUCUGGAGGCUUCGGCACAGAUGAAAUUACCUAGGUUAAAAAAAGAGAACCACCAACACUAUAAUUUUUAUAGUACAAGAGUAAUAAACCAUUAGAAUAGGUAGGAUAUACAUCCAGUAGUUUAAUCUUUGCCAUCACAUUUAAGGCAGUUAGCCCAAGUUCAAGGUGCAACCUACGAUCUAGGCACAAAGCAAAGUUUUCUGUCCAAACAUUGAUGGGAGUAAAAUUUCUAAAGCCAUUUAACAAGAAAGAAAUUUUGAGGGGAGAAAAGUAAACAUAUGCUCUACUUUAACAUUCCUUUAUAGAUCUGUUAUUUUAUGAUGAAGUCACUUGUAAUUUUAUAAAUAUAGAUAGAUACCCUGGUUAUGCAUAACUUGAAACACUUAUAAUAUUUGAUAUAUUUACAGACAUUGAGGCUCCAGUGGGGAUGGGGGAUGAAAAAUUUAAAGAAAUAAGCAGAAAAUGCUAGAAUCCUCAAUUUCUUAGGGAAAAAUGAAAUCAAAUACAUCAGAACAACGUAGACAGUAUAAGUUAAAGCACAGUAAGACAGUCUUCACUUAAAAUGGAAAAUUAUUAGAAACUGUAGUAAACUGUAUUUAGUGUUUCUCCUUUUUGUUGUUCUACUAUUUCUAUAUCUAGGAUUUGGACCUAACUCUUUUUUUCUGGAAAAUACAGUCAGCUCUAAGAUAGCUAUGUAUCUGUAUCUAUGUCUCAGUUUAGUUGUAUCUGAAGGAAGGGUGCCAGUACAAGCAAAAAAAUGUUUAAAGAGGCUUAAGCAUAAAAACUGUGUCCAUGGAUUUUUAUUAUUAUAAAACAAUUCCUCAUCCUCAACUGGAUAAUUUUGAGGUUAAAAAAGGGUACAUAAAGAAUCUACCUUAGCCUCUCUUAAUUACAUUGUAAAAUAUAUGUACAACUAUGUGAAAAGCACUUUCUGAACCUGAGUUCAAGUAUAAGAGAAUGGUCUUUCUCCAGCAGAUUAUGAUUUCUGAAAGGCUUGCCCCACGAUAAGGUAUUUUUCAAACGCUAACUCAAAUGUUAACUUUCUUUUAUUUGUGCUUAGAAAAUGGAAAAUGGUUAUGUAAAUAACAUUAAAAAACUGCUACCUAAGUAGAACAAUCUAGCUCUAAACUAUUUAAGAAAUUUAAAAUUAAAAUUCAGACCUUAAGGGCUAAUCUUUAGAAAUCUCACCUUCUUUUAUGGCUAUCUGUAUCAAAGAAGCAAAAUAAGCAUUUGAAUUUUAUGUAAUUUUGAACUUGAGAAAUAAAUUGUAAUAAUUUUCCCUCAA